AUGCUCGCCUUGCUCACCGGGGCAGUCACCAGUGAGAUGACGACGUUGACUGUGGAGGAUGUGCUGCGGGUGAACGGCAGCCGCCGGUUCGCCGCCGCGCUGGCCGCCGCCUCCCCCUUCAGCUCUCUCACCGACGCGCUACUCGCCGCCCGCCGCAUCUGGCGCAACGAUGUGGACGUGCCUGGAUGGCUGGAGGCCUUCGCCGCCAACCCGCCCAUCGGCACCACCUCCCCCUCCAUCUCCAAAUGGAGCAAGGAGGAGCAAUCAGUUGCGCGUUCCACGGCGACUCAUUCGACGGCACAGGACUUGUCUGAAUGGAAUGCCAGAUACAGGGACAAGUUUGGGUUUGUCUUUCUGAUAUGCGCGACUGGGAGGACUGCCCCUGAGGUCUUAGCUGAGCUCAAGAGGCGUUAUGCAAAUAGGUUGAUUGUUGAGCUUGAGAUUGCGGCAGAGGAAGAACUCAAGAUAACUGAGUUGCGCCUUGCAAAGCUUUUCUCGUCAGAUUCUGCUGCUCCACCGACUUCAGUUUUUGGCCAACCGGAUAAAACAUCAGAUGAUGACGUUGUUGUCAUGGAAGAACAUGACGACGACAAUGCUCUGAUGAGUGCCAGGAGCCCCCACGAUGUGGUCCUUAUAUCUGUUGCUUUAGCCGACAAGGUAGCCGUCCCCGCUUCCCAGGGGUAG